AUGAUUUUGUUCACAAGGAAUUCUAAAUCCAAGCGAUUGACUCUCCCUCCUGGCCCUCCUGGUUGGCCGGUCAUCGGCAAUCUUUUUCAGGUGGCCGGUUCCGGGAAGCCUUUCUUCCAGUAUGUCAGAGAAUUGCUGCCGAGAUACGGUCCGAUUUUCACUCUUAAAAUGGGGUCCCGCACCAUGGUUAUCUUGUCCAGUGCAGAUUUGGUUCAUGAGGCGUUGAUUGAAAAGGGUGCAUUAUUCGCUACCCGACCCUCUGAAAAUCCCACCAGGACGGUUUUCAGCUGUGACAAAUUUACUGUCAACGCUGCGUUGUACGGUCCGGUGUGGCGGUCACUCCGGCGGAACAUGGUCCAGAACGCGCUUAGUGCGGCUAAAUUACGUACGUUUAGGCAUGUGAGGGAUACCGCCAUGGAUAAGCUUGUUGAACGGUUGAAAAUGGAGGCGGAUGCGAACGGCGGAGCAGUUUGGGUGCUGAGAAAUGCACGGUUUGCGGUGUUUCGCAUUCUUCUUGCGAUGUGUUUUGGCGUGGAGAUGGACGAGAAGACGAUCGAGAAAAUGGACGAUAUGAUGAAGACGGUUUUGAUCACCCUGGAUCCGAGAAUCGACGAUUAUCUACCAUUACUGAGACCUUUUUUCUCGAAGCAGCGGAAGAAAGCUAUGGAAGUCAGGGAGCAGCAAAUUGCGACGUUAGUGCCGUUCAUCGAGCAGCGUCGAGCGGCGGUGAAAAAUCCAGGAUCCGAUCCAACGGCGGCAGAGUUCUCAUACCUGGAUACCUUGUUCGACUUAACAGUGGAGGGACGGAAGCAUCCUCCAACGAAUCCAGAGAUUGUCACCUUGUGCUCGGAAUUCCUCAACGGAGGCACCGAUACCACCGGAACGGCGAUCGAGUGGGCCAUCGCAAGGUUUAUCGAAAACCCUACCAUACAAUCGAGGCUCUACGACGAGAUCAAAGCCACCGUCGGCGAGAAACGAGUCGACGAGAAAGACGUCGAGCACAUGCCCUACCUAAACGCCGUCGUAAAGGAGUUAUUACGAAAACAUCCGCCCACUUAUUUUUCUCUAACCCAUUCGGUUAUCGAGCCUGCAAAAUUAGCCGGGUAUGAUAUACCGAUCGGAACAAAUGUUGAGAUAUUUCUACCGGGUGUAGCAGAAGAUCCGAAACUGUGGAAAAACCCGAAAAAUUUCGACCCAGAUAGGUUCUUGACCGGCGGCGAGGAUGCAGACAUUACAGGGGUGACCGGAGUUAAGAUGUUGCCGUUUGGGGUGGGGCGGAGGAUCUGCCCAGGGCUGAACAUGGCGACGGUGCACGUGAAUCUGAUGAUAGCUCGGAUGGUUCAGGAAUUCGAAUGGAGGUCCUUCCCGGAGGACACAAAGGUCGAUUUCAGUGAGAAAUUGGAGUUCACAGUGGUGAUGAAGAAGAGUCUUAGAGCUACAAUUAGACCAAGAGUUUGA